AUGUUGGUGGCUAAUUCCUCCCCAUUGUUUGCCUCCCUAUACACCCCGGCUCCUUACGGGUUGGUGGAUGUCACUCUCUCGCUCUUUCAGCUACUUGCGGUUUUGGUAGCUACUAUUAUGUUCUGCCUUCGAAAGCUCUGGCAGAUACGGUCCCAAGUCUGUGACCGAAUUGGUUUCCCUUGUCACAUGUUCCAGUACUUCUUGGAAAAGGUAUCUUGGAAGAAGGUGCAUGAGGGGAAGGUCCGGGAUGUCACUCCCAAGUCAUCGUCGAGCCUCAAGAUCUGGCCGCUUCUCUUCUGUGUUCUCGAAUCCGCCAAAGACCCGACAUGGAUUAUCUUGAAUGUCCAAUCCUUCUCUGAUAGGGUUGAUUAUUGGGUUUCGGGAGCAAUUAUACAACAGGUGGGAGGAUCAAUAAGAUCGCGCCCCACCGCCGGGGCCGGUCCCGUUUCGAGCGGUGUUCGAAAAAGCAGGGCCGGUACCGGUGGGCGUACGAACAAAGCCAACGGGGGAAGGAAACCAUCAGACCGCAAUGGAAAAGGAGGCGGAGGUGGCGGCGGGAAACACCCCCGCAAAUGGGGAAGGCUUAGGUUCAACCUCCCGCCUGACGGCCCCAACAGAAGAAACUGGGCAUGCCCUUUCCACAAAUACGACCGAGUCAGAUAUCACUCCUGUGCCACUGUCACGCUCAGCAGAAUCCCGGACGUCUGGCAACAUAUCCUACGAACUCACGUACUAUCUCUGAACGACUAUUGUCUUAUAUGUUUUGCUGAUUUCGAAUCAAGCUCUCAGCUGGCAGACCAUCGAUCCCGCCAGAAUUGUGUACAAAUCCCUGGACCUGAACAUCUCCGCCAACAGGAUGUCUGGUACUUGGACUCUUUUCUCCGAGGACCGUCUGGUUUGCCGACUGAUGAAGACAAAUGGUACCGCAUUUGGACUCAUGUUUUCCCUGGCUGGGAGAUUCCGGAAAGCCCCUAUGCAGAGGGUGCAGUGGAGCUGGCUAUGAAUGUGAUCAGCAUGCCCCAGCCUCAGAUACGCUUCGCGCGUGUUGACCAGCAUUACAUUUUUCUAGGACACCCCGGUCAUGACGCGUUUUUGAAUACGGUCCAGCCAGAAACGGAACAGGCUGCAUACCCUCAGGUAGUGACUCCGUUUGGGGCAAACCAGCCCGGCGUCCCUCACCCGGGACCUCACGCCACCAACAUUGGCCCAGGUGUGCAUGGUCAAGAGGCGGGAUUUCUGGAUCUUCAAAAUCCCAAUGACUCAGACUUUGAUGAUUUUGAUGAGGAGGAAGGCUGA